CAGACCCCCCUGCAGCUGUGAGGAUGCAGACCUGCUUGAGCGUGCCCUAUCAGUGCCUUCCACAUCCAGGCCUUGAGGUGUGCCCAUGAGGGCAGUGCACGUGAUGGUAACUUCUUGUGGGUGUUUGGUUGUAGUUGUGGACACAGAGAGUGCUCUUUCAGGCCCUGAGCGAGGGGCAGAUACCGUGCUGACUCCGAGCUGGUACCUCAAGCGGAUGAAGGAUGACAAGGUUCCUGAAGAGUUCCCUGAAGGAUUGCCGGAUGUUCCAGAGGAGCUCCUGGCAGCCUUGCAUGAAGCCCCAUCUGAGACAGAUUCUGAGACUGUGCCGGAGACCUUAGCUGUGGAAGAAAGUGACAGUGUGCCAGGCUCACAUGAAAAAAGAGAACCAACAGAGGACACCAGGACACUUGCUGAGCCUGAGGAAUAUUCAGGGUCAUCCGGUGGGCAAAAAGCCCAGACUGCUGGACACUGUGACCCGAGCAAGUACUACAUCCUAGUAGGGACAGUAGCAGCCUCAGCUUUGCUUCUGCUUGGGGCAGUGUCUGGCUAUCUAGUCAUGCAUCAGCUGCUGAGGAGAGACAGGAGGAGCCAGGAGGACAAAGAGGCAACAGGACAGGACUGGGACUCUUCCUGGGAAAGCUGUGGUCAGCCUAGAGGUGAAGCAGAGUCAGGAGAAGGAGCGGGAAGCAGCGAGAGAGCCCAAGGCAACGGGUUCAGGGACAGCUGCCGCCUGUUUCCUGAGCUCUUUGCAGCAGAGCUCGCCCAGCUGCACAAGAACAUGAGCGCAGACCCGUCACCUCUGCCCACCUGCUCCUUCUGUGCUCUGGCUGACAACACCUCUUCACGGGACCACUGGAUUUCCCUGGAGUCACCUCAGCCCACAGCAUCCUCUUGGCCCUCCUACCAAUACCUGCAGGACUACUAUCUGUUAGAGGAUGAAGAUUAGUGAUAGUGAUAGAUGGUUAGUGAUAGUGAUAGCCAUAAAUAGUGAUAGCGGUAGUGAUUCUUUUAGUGAUAGUGAUAGGGACACUUGAUAUUAGGGGGUGGUGGUUGUUUUAAUGAUAGUGAUAGUUAAUAUUAGAGGAUAGUGAUGGUUUUAAUGAUAGCGUUAGUUAAUAUUAGGGGAUAGUGAUUGUUUCAAUGAUAGCGUUACUUGAUAUUAGAGGAGGGUGAUUGUAUUAGCGAUAGUGAUAGUCAUAAAUAGUGAUAGUGGUAGUGAUUCUUUUAGUGAUAGUGAUAGGGAUACUUGAUAUUAGAGGGUGGUGGUUGUUUUAAUGAUAGUGAUAGUUAAUAUUAGAGGAUAGUGAUUGUUUUAAUGAUAGCGUUAUUUGAUAUUAGAGGACAAUGACUGUAUUAGCGAUAGUGAUAGUUAAUAUUGGAGGAUGGUGAUUGUUUUUGUGAUAGUGGUACAUUUAGUGAUAGUGAUACUUGGUAUUAGCAGACAAUUAUUGUUUUCUUGAUCUUGAUAAAUAAAUAUUUUUCCAAAAGCAGUAA